CCCCACUCUUCCCUUUAUAUAAUCACAGUGCACAUUAUUUUGAAAACCACAGAUCAUCUCUGGACACACUGAGCAAAUAAUGGCAUUAGAAGCCUUUUAUGAAAAUAUUCAACACAGAAAUGCUAACAGGAGCAAAUCUGAACCUCGAACAUCGAGUCAGAACCGAGGAAGAAGCAGAUGGUUUGUGCCGAUCACGGUGUUACUUGGGGUCAUCUGUGUUCUUCUGGUGGCCGCCCUUAUAGUGCUGAAUAUCCAUCUCACAUCAGAGAGAGACCUGAUGAAGAUGAGCUACAUGGACAUAUCUAAAGAAUAUAAUGAAACUCUGAACGGCCUGAAGAUGAAUUACAGUCAACUGACCGAAGAGAGAGAAGAACUACAGAACAGAUUUAACAUUAUGAGUCAAAAGAAACUGGAGUUAGAGACCAAAGUCAAGAAUUUGAAUGAUGCACUAAUGAAGAAAUCAGAAACCUACCCAUAUUCAAAAGCUGAUUACAAAAGAACUACUCAAGUGUACAUAUCCACUGAGAAGAAGAGUUGGUCUGAUAGCAGGCAGUUCUGCAGGGAUCGUGGUGGAGAUCUGAUCAUAAUCAACACUGAAGAGGAGCAGAGAUACAUAUCUUCAAUCGCCAAAGACGUAGUGUGGAUUGGUUUGUCUGACAUAGCAGAGGAAGGAAAGAUGAAAUGGGUGGAUAAUACACCACUGAUUAAAGGGUUUUGGGUUGAAAACGAGCCAAAUGAUUUCUCUGGAAGUGAAGACUGUGUUGAUCUGAAUCCUACAAAACCUGUCCUAAACAACUGGAAUGACCUUCCAUGCACAGACACAAGAAAAUGGAUUUGUGAUAAAUAGGGUUCUUCUUUCUUUUGUUGUGAUUUUAAGCAGUUAUUAUGAAGUUGUUGUUGCAUUCACUUCAGUUUCUGAUUUAUGUUUCUUUUAAAACAGUGGCAGCUUAAUAACUGUAUAAUUUUAUUUGAUUAUCUACUUUAGAGUAAAAUUAAAAGUGUAAAAUUGUUUGGGAACUUGAAGGAAGUUUAAUUAUUUUCCAGAUUAAGACAAACAAACUGAUAAACACCUCGACUCUUGACUUCCAUCAAAGAGGACAUUUAUCCUUCAUUCAUUUAUUGUUGAAAUUAAAACUCUAAAUUGUGCUGUCAAUUGUUCUCUCGUUCUCUCUCUCUCUCUCUCUCUCUCUCUCUCUCUCUCCCUAGUAAGUUAAAAUGACUUAUAAAUUUUAUUUGAUUAUACUUAAACAUUGUACUGUUUACAGUUGAUAACAAUACACCGCCAUCACAGUGGUGUAAUGCUGUAAAUGCAGACUGUUUCAAGGAUCAAAAAGUGCAACAACUGGAUAAACUCAGUCUUGUUGGUGGACAAUCCAUGUGCCAUGAGUAAAAGUCCUCUCCAGUAUUUUGUUCCAAUCACCUCGAUUUGCUAAUUAGCACAGUUUUUCAG